UCUUCUGGACUCCUCUUCAGCCAGAGAUGAGCCUGGAGAAAGCAGAGGAGAAGAGAGCUUGAGGUUCACCUGGUGAGAAGGGACAACCCGAGACAUUGAGCCGGAUACGUCAAUUUGAUCUCAAGAUGGCUGAGGAGGAUCUCCGGGGUUCGAGCACCCCUUUUUCUCUCUCCUUUUCGGGCAGUGGCUUUCUCGUCCUAUACCAGAUCGGGGUGGUGCAGUCCCUCCUGGAGUUAGCUCCCGAGCUCCUCAAGUCUGCGUGCAAGGUCUAUGGGUCCUCAGCCGGCUCGCUCAUCGCCGCCGCCGUGGUGUGCGGCGUCAGCCUCGAUGACCUAAAGGAAUUUUUCUUUGUCAUGGCAAAGGAAGUCAGGAAAACCAUCCUGGGCCCUCUCUCUCCCAAGUGCAGCUUGCUGGCGUAUACCAAGGCUAUUUUGCAGCGGAUUCUCCCAGAGGACUCCUACCAGCUGGCGUCGGGGCGGCUGCACAUCUCGCUCACGCGUGUGAUGGAUGGCCAAAAUGUCAUAGCCUCUGAGUUCAGCUCCAAAGAGGAGCUCAUUGAGGCUCUCCUCUGCAGCUGCUUUCUUCCCAUCUAUUGUGGCUUCAUCCCUCCAUCCUACCGAGGUGUGAUCUUCAACGGCAGCAUUCAGAUCUCGAUAGAAAACCUCUGCAGGAUUAGCUACGCUCUCUUUCCGCCGAGCACCAUGGUCCUGAACGACAUUUUCUCCCAGGGGUACCAAGACACGGUGCUUUUCCUGUACAGGAACAAUGCCUUUGGCUUUAACUACUUCGACGGCAAUUUCCGCUUCGCCACCAUGUGCGGGAGGAAUGACUCCGCGCAGUGCCGCAGGAUCCUCGCCGGGCUGUGCCGAAGCGUCCCGCAGUGCCUGGCUCCCUGCUUCCCGCCAGGCUUGGCUCUGUGGAGGAAGGAGCAGGCGACUGGACUGCAGGAUCCCCUGUCAAAGAUCCUGUUGCAGCCAUACAGGCUGCCAGCUUUUGCCAGGAAAGGGUUGAAGAAGCUGUGGGGGCUCGUGGAAGGCGUCACCUCCAUGGUGAAACUGUUCCAGCAGCUCCUCCAAGCCAUGGUGCACAGCUUGCCUAAGAGAGCCAGGACCAGCAGCAGGGUAUCAGGCACGUUCAUCAAGAUCCUGAGAGGUAACCGUCCUGGACGGGCGCUGGGGUCUCCAACACCGUGA